AUGGCGGCUUGCAUUAGAGGCGGCUUUGGGGCUGUAGUGGACCUGACCCGGAGCUUCAGAGCCGCCAGGGGACUGCUCCCUGCACCGGCCUGUGCUGUCUGCGGGGCCUACGCGGGCCCUGGACGGCCACAGAGUACUGGACCUUCGGGGCCCGAUACAUUCAAGCCACCGCCUAAACCUGUCAUCGUGGACAAGCGCCAACCCCCGCGCCAGGAGAGGAGGUUCUUGAGUCCUGAAUUCAUUCCUCCAAGAGGAAGAACAAAUCCUCUGAAAUUUCAAAUAGAAAGAAAAGAUAUGUUAGAAAGGAGGAAAGUUCUCCCCAUUCCAGAGUUCUAUGUUGGAAGCAUACUUCGUGUUACUACAGCAGACCCAUAUGCCAGUGGAAAAAUCAGCCAGUUUCUGGGAAUUUGCAUCCAGAGAUCAGGAAAAGGCCUUGGAGCUACAUUUGUCCUUAGGAAUACUAUUGAAGGACAAGGUGUUGAGAUUUGCUUUCAACUUUAUAAUCCUCGAAUUCAGGAGAUCCAAGUGGUUAAAUUAGAGAAACGGCUGGAUGAUAGCUUGUUGUACCUAAGAGAUGCCUUACCUGAAUACAGCACCUUUGAUAUGAAUAUGAAGCCAGUAGCACAAGAAUCUAACCAAGAUGUUCCUAUUAAUGAGUUGAAAGUAAAAAUGAAGCCCAAGCCCUGGUCCAAACGCUGGGAACGUCCAAAAUUUAAUAUUAAAGGAAUCAGAUUUGAUCUUUGUUUAACAGAAGCACAAAUGAAAGAAGCUAAGAAGUGGGAUCAGCCAUGGCUUGAGUUUGAUAUGAUGAGGGAAUAUGACACUUCAAAAAUUGAAGCUGCAAUAUGGGAUGAAAUUGAAGCAUCGAAAAAGCCCUGA